UUAUUCGCCCAUGCGUCUCGCUCACGCGCCAAUUAAUGUAUGAACAAGUACAUAUGAGCCAAAUGCAUGCGCGAAUUUUAACUUAAUAACAUCAUUUAGAUAUAGAAAAUGUGUGUUCGAAUUUGCCUCCGUAUCGGGUAACAAAAGCGUGAUAUAACAACGUGCAAAAACUGCGCGUGAAAUGGCAUCAAAGAUGGCGGAGAAAAAGGGCGUGGCGUGCGCACACGCCGCGAGCGUCGCUACGCCGGCAGUCAGUCGUGGCCACGCUAGCGAACGGACGUAUCGCCGCCAUGUCAGAAUUCGCGCAAACUCAAAACUCCAUCCUUCGCAUUAGCGACGAAAAAACGCUACAACUCAUAGAACUUUACGAACAAGAACAAUGUCUUUGGAACACACACAUUCCGGAGUAUAAAAGCAGAGAGAAGAGACAGAAAGCGACUGAGAGAAUCGCUCGGAAACUGGAUAUUAAGCACUUCGAAGCCCGCCAUGUUGUGAUUAAGUUUAAAAAUUUGAGGAACUCGUAUUGCCAGGAGUUGAAGAAGAUAGCGUCGAGCAUCAGCAUGGGGUUGAGCGAGGAGGAGCAGUAUAGGCCGAGGGUGUUCUGGUUUUCAAAGAUGGAUUCGUUUUUAAGGCCUCAUCUUCAGCCAGCGAGGGCCCAGUCAUUUUCGUUGUCGCACGCGUCAGAGAAUGAGCAAGUGAAAAGCGAAGCAGGAGCCGACAGCGACUCCAAUCAAAACAGCGAAGAUUACUGCAUAAAAGACGAUAGCGUACACUCCUUCCCUAUCGUAGAAUUGGAUGUAGAUGACAGCAUCCAUUCUGAGGAUGAGCCACCAAUGAAACGACGUGCUCAGAGGUAUUCCUCCUCUUCUUCUAGAAUAAGAGAUGCACCGCCGUCUUUUGUCCAAAUUGAUCUAGCUAAGACUAUAAAAGAUAUGGAAGCGAAAAUCCAAGCGCUGACUAACGAAAAGAAGGAAGAUUAUUAUGAUUCUUUCGGGAAGUAUAUAGCGUCAUUGCUUAGAAGUAUGCCGAAGGAAAAAGCGAUGUUGCUGCAACCAAAAGUGAUAAGUCUGAUAGUGUCAGGGGCUGGGUUAGGAGACGGUUCUGUGAGCCAGUCUGAUAUUUAGUUUUACUAUUUUUUUCUUAUAAUUAUUUAGUAAUUGCAUUCCAAUAAAGAUAUGAUUAAA